AUGAAACAUUUUAGGUGUUGUCGAAUUGAAGACCAUAUGUUCUAUCACGAUGAAGAAUUAGACGAGGAAGGUCGUUUGGCAAAUUUCUUUUGGAGAGACGGGAGAUCAAAAUUUGAUUAUGAUUGUUUCGGAGAUGUUGUGGUGUUUGACACCACAUAUCGAACAAACAAAUAUAACAUGAUAUUCGCUCCAUUCGUCGGGGUCAAUCAUCACUUAAAAAAUAUUUUAUUUGGUUGUGCAUUUUUGUUAGAUGAAACUACCGAUUCAUUUGUUUGGUUAUUUGAAACUUUUUUAGAGGCAAUGGAGAAUAAAGCACCGAAGACUAUAUUUACCGAUCAGUGUCAAGCAAUGGCAAAUGCCAUUAAGAAAGUUUUUCCAAAUACUUGUCAUCGUCUUUGCUCAUGGCACAUUUCGAAGAAUGCAACUCAAAACAUUGGGAGCUUGUAUGCUAAUUAUGAGUUCAAAUGUUUGUUUAACAAAUGUCUACAUUGUGAAAAAAAGGAUGAAUUUGAAGCAACUUGGGAUGAGAUGAUUAGAAGAUUUUGUGAUGGAGGCAACAAAUGGCUUAAAACACUUUAUGGAUUAAAAGAAAAGUGGUGUCCCGCUUUUAGCCUAGACACCUUCACUCUUCGUAUUAAAUCCACUCAAAGGAGUGAAAGUAUGAAUAAUGUUUUAAAGAAGAUAUCUUGCAAGACCAUGGCCUUAAUGGAAUUUGUGCUACAUUAUGAAGAAAAAUGUGAGAAGAUGCGUUUGGCAGAGACUCAUGAAGAUUUUCGUUGUAAACAUAGAAUGGUGCAACCAAAAAUAAGAGAGAGUGAAAUAUUGGAACAAACAGCUAGUGUUUAUACAACUAGUAUUUAUUACUUAUUUGAAGAUGAGUUUCUUUCUAGUUUGAAGGUGCAUCUAGAACAACUUGGUAGUCUUAAUAAACUUCACAAUUAUCGUGCGUUUCAGGAGCGUCACAAAGAGUGCCACAUUAUAGAGUACGACUCCUCAAAUUAUAACGUCACGUGCUCUUGUAAAAUGUUUGAGUCCGCGGGAUGGUUGUGUCGGCAUGCACUUAAGGUUCUCAAUUUGUGGAAUAUCACCGAGAUACCAUCUCAAUAUAUUAUUGAUAGAUGGAAGAAAUGUGCAAAAGAUAGAAAUGUUGUUUUUGACCAAGGUGAGUUAUCCACGCAAAAAAAAACAUCACUAACUGUAGAAAGGAACUUCUUACUUCAACAGGCUUAUCGUGCUAUCAAUUACUUGGUUUUGAGUGAUGAAGGAAAAAAUGUGGCAAAAAGCCAUGUGCAAUCAAUGUGGGAUGAAACUCAAAAACUAAUGGAGGCUUGCAAUCUCAAUAAAAGAAGUGCUGAUUCUAGUUGUGAUCAUACCGCGGAAAGUUGUGUACAGUUUAAUGAUAUGUCCAUAUUGGAUCCUUUACGUGUAAGGGAAAAGGGAAUAACCAAUGCACGGUUAAAAAGCCAUAUGGAAAAGAAAAAACGUAAAAAGGCAGGAGCACCAAAAGCACAAACAAGUGUAAAGCAUUCAGUUAGCACCUUUGGUAGCUCAGACACUACAGUUGGCCAUGUUCAUAUGACGAAUGGUCGUUCAUUUGGUACACCAAUGCAUGCUAAUUUUUACAAUCCAAGUCUUUCCCAUGAGGAUGUCAUCUCAAACAACCCCGGUGAUUGUGAAAGAAGCCGACAAAUGCUAAUAUCUCAAGAGUCGUUAAAUCCUGUUGAUUCCCUAAAAGAUGAUGGUUUAAUUGGUACAACUUUGUAG